UAGCUAUAUUUGUUUCUGGAUGUUUGCUAGCAAGUCUGUUAAUUGAGAGAGAAAUAAACGAGUAUAAAAAUAUUGAACGAUAUGAUUGUAAAUGAAACAGUUAUCCAACAAAGACAAAAGAACAAGGUUGAAAACAUUUUCACUGGUUCGUACGUGGCACAGUGUAUUCGUAAUUCAAUCCGGUUGGAGGUGUUUCGGAAGAUACAUUACGGUGAACGUGCACAUCUAGUGAAAUAAAAGCAUACAUUACUUUCUUGGAACAUAGCGUGUAAAUUUGUGACCAGAAUGGUGUCCAUCAGCCUGACCGUAAACACUUUGUUGAGCGUAGGAAUAGCAUGUCUAUGCUUCGUAACCAUGGAGACACGACCUACAGACCAAGAUGGCGAUUUAAAUGAACUGAUACGAUCGUACUAUGUAGACACUUAUUCUGAUAUUUCAAAUGGUCUCACGGAUGGAAUUGAUCUUAAAAAUUCUCAUAUUAAAGAGAAUAUAGUACCGUAUAUAUCACAGGUCCGCCCAGAAGUCCGAAGACACAGAAUAAAACGACUAGGAAUUGCUGGCCACGAAAACAUUGAUAUGAUAUUAAAUCACCUGAAAUCCAGUCGACAAAACAGAUUUAGACCAGCACUAUCCGUCGGCGGUUCCUUUGCAAAUUUGAGAAAUAUGAUGUCGAAAGCUGGACGUUAGGACGAAAGCCUUGCACGUUUACAUACUCAAAGAGUAUAUUGUGACUAUGACCACAAAAGAUAUUAAAUUUCGUCUACUUUAUAUUUCUAUAUUAUAAAAUUGUGGUUGAUAUCUGUGUUAGAAACAGUUGUGAUACACCAUUUUAGUUCUUUUAAAAUCCUACUUUUUUCUAUCUAAUUCUCAUGUAAGAGUGAUUUUACAUUUUUGUGAUACACCAUUUUAGUUCUUAAAACAAAUCCUGCGUUUCUCUAUCUUAUUCUCAUGUUAGAGUGAUUUUACUUAGGUAAGUUGUAUUUUUAGGUGAUAUUAACAUAUUAACUUGAAUAAUUUGGCUGAAUUAAAGAAUUUAGAAAAACCAAUACUUUUUAUAUAAGCUUUAAAAUUGCUUGUAAUAGUUGAAAUUAUCUUUAAUGCUAAAUUUAUUAAUCAAUUAAUUUACUUGUUUGAUAACAGAAAAUUUGUUAUUAGGAAACAACAUUUAAAAGACCAUAACUUUGUAUAUUUCAUACAAGUCGAAUUUCUGUUCUGUUUGGAUUUUGUUCUUUUUUUAAGUUGUUUUUGUAAACAUAAUUUAUAAUGUUGAAACAUAAAAGUUUCGGUAUGAGCUUAGUAAUCAAAAUUUGUCUUACAUUCCAUCAAAAUAAUAAAUGGAGAUGCUGUACAAUUUAAUUGCAACUUGGGUUUAAUUUGAAAGUUGGGUAAAAUAGAUUUUUGAAAAUGGUCUAUUCUAAAUGGUCUAAUCUUUAUUAGAAAAAAAUAGUGAUUAAAAAAUAUGUGAUUAGCGGGUAGAAUCUUUCAUGACACAAAAUCAACAAAAUCAGGGAGUUCUGAAUAUCUGAUAAAAAGUUUGAAUAAAACAAGAACAUUGAACAUUCUUAACAAUGAUAAAGCAAACCAAGAGUCUUUAAUACCAAACUGGAUUGUUAGAGAUAUACAAAUACUGAUUUUAUAUCUGUUCUGAAACUUUAUUAUGCUGAGCUGUACGAUGCCAGCCAUUUUCAACUCUACCAGACUGUCAAUUCCUGUUUGACAAUACUUUAAUCUUUUAUUAUACCCACUGUACAUGAAAUAUAAGAUUUGUGAUAUACUAACGUUGCACGACAUCAAGUGCUACUUUUUUUACAUUUUAUUAUUCGUGUUACAAUGUAGAAGCAAAUAUCUGAAAAUCUACUGAUUCUUUUUAUAGAAAUAAACUUUAUUUUACUGGCAUUA